CUAAAUCGGUUUGUGUAAAUCUUAAAUUCAUCCUGGAAAGGAAUGGCCACCGUCACAGGAAGCAAGCGUCCAGCAGAGGUCGCGCUGGUGGCCGAUGGCGCCGAACCAGGUGCGCACAAUCACCACACGCUUUGCAUUCAUGCUAGCGAUACCUAACACGUCCAUGUUGGCCAUUCCAGCGCGCAAACUCACUAAAACUCAGCGUCGGCGGGAGCGGAGGCAGACACCAGCGGAAAAGCUUGAGUACCAGUACCGUAUCCAAGUUCAGAAUUGCGCCCAGGAGAACGAUGCCACUCGUGCGUUGGAGGUGUACGAACAGAUGAAGAGCGAGGGCAUGAACGUGGCCCCAUACAUUUACAACGUAGUCAUCAACGUGUGUAGCAAGGCUAACGACCCAGCGGCAUUUAAGGACGGAGCCUACAAAGUGUAUCAGGACAUGAAGCAGGCCAACGCCAGCUCCAAGCAGAGGAAGAAAUCGGACUCGGGUGAACCCAUCUACAGCGCAAUGAUCAAGCUCUGCAGUAAGGCACAGGACUUUGACGCGUGCGAGACGAUCAUUGCCGAGAUGGAAGCCGCCAAAGUGGAGCCAAAGUUGCGCACGUUCGGCCCGCUACUACAAGCCCACAGCGACGCAGGCAACUUGGACAAGUGCAUCUGGGUGCACGAGAAGCUGCUUUCUUACGAGCUGGAGCUGACCGAGGACGACUAUGUGGCGCUGCUACGUGCGUGCGUGAAGACUGGCAAUAGUGAGCGCUUUUACGCGUUCCUGGAGAGCUUCAUUGACGAGAUUUGGCAACCGAAUUUGUCGACUUGGGACGUGCUGAACGACUGGUUUAACAGUGAGGCAGCACAGGUGGACGGCCGCAAGUGGAGAAUUACGGAGGGGACUGUAAGCAAAGAGGGCGUUUGCUCCGUGACAGGUGACCAGUUGCAGUCAGUGGAGCUGUCAGCGGAGGUGACGACCGAGUUACUGGCGAAGAUCGAGAAGCUCGUGCGCACGGACGAGAAGCGCAUGGCGCAAUGGGACGAGUUCAAGCAGUGGCUGGAGGAGUUUGGACCCUUCGACGUGGUCAUCGAUGCCGCCAAUGUGGGCUAUUGUAACCAGAACUUCGACGGGUGCGUCCCUACAUGUAUUGACAUGACACUCGUGUGUUUGUAACACCUGCUCGACCUUUUCUUGGGCUGUGCGGGACUCAGGAGACUAACUCGAUGGGGACACUUGGUCCGAAUGUUUGUCCUGCAGUGGUGGCUUCAAUUACGCGCAGAUUGAACUCAUGGUGCAGCACUAUGAAGUACAGGACAAGAAAGUGCUGAUCGUGCUACACGAGCGCCGCACCUCGGACGAGGAGGUGCCGGCCGAGCAUCGCGCACAGAUCGCGGAGUGGCGAGCGAGCCACAAGAUGUUUAACUGCCAAUACGGCAACAACGACGACUGGUACUGGCUCUAUACUGCGGUAAAGCUCGGCGGUCGCACCCUCAUGGUCUCCAACGAUGAGAUGCGCGAUCACCACUUCCAAAUGAUCCACAACCGCGCUUUCCGUCGCUGGAAGGAGCGCCAUCAGGUUCAUUAUCAGGUACACGGCAGUCGUGUGACCGUCGACGAGCCACUGCCGUACUCGGCACGACCGCAGCGCGUCGGCGACAACUGGCACUUUCCUGCUGCCGACACCGCGGCCGACGACAGCGGCACCACCGAGACGGCGUCUGCACAAGUCGCAGAUCGCAAAUGGCUGUGUGUUGAACUGGCGCCGGUCAAUUAGAAACAUGAUAGAAAUAGAAAUCGUUAUGGCCGUUUUUUGAACUAUCGACUUUACCGCAAAAAUGGACCCCUU